GGUCGUUUUUCCACGCAAGUAUCUUUAAAUUAUGGUGGAUUGUUGAGGAAUACGUCGGCAGUCCCAAAAGGGAGCCAACAACAUGGUACACCUCGAUUUUCAGAACGGGGUUUACCUCCGUGUCAAUUCAUGCGAACAUGGAACCAUAAAUUUCCAUAUCUACGAGAAGGAUAUGCUGCAAAGCUUCAUUGUCGUUCUGGCGAUCAAGGACUAGACGAUCAAAUAAAGAAAUGGAUCACCUGGGAUCGCAAUCCAGAGACGUUGAGUACAAUAAAAGCAGCAGUCAAGGCGCAAGAUUGGGAUAUGCUAAGGACUAGUCUCUGUGGACGACUAAAUUUCGGCACUGAAGGAUUAAGGGCCGAGGUGAAAGCUGGCUUCAAUGCAAUGAAUGAUUUGGUUGUUGUACAGACUGCUCAAGGACUCUGUGCCUAUGUAAUGAACCAAUACCCGGAUAAGUUAAUGCAGUCCAAUCGAGGCAUCGUCAUUGGUUAUGAUGCUCGUCACCACAGCAAACGUUUCGCGGAGUUAACUGCCACCGUGUUUCUGAACAACAAUUUCCGAGUUUAUCUCUUCCAGCGUUUCGUUCCCACACCAUUCGUUCCAUACACAAUAUUACGACUUAAUUGUCUGGCAGGUGUUAUGGUAACUGCAUCCCACAAUCCCAAACAGGACAACGGAUGCAAGAUUUAUUGGACAAAUGGCGCCCAAAUAACGACGGCGCAUGAAAAUGGAAUCUAUCAGUCCAUACUUGAGAAUUUGGAACCGAAAGAGACUUCUUGGAAUACGGAUAUACUUAAAGAUUGCCAAUUGUUGUCCGAUCCGUACAAUAAUGUUGUCCCUGCGUAUUUUGAAUCGCUGAAACGGGAAUUCCCGAGUCGACUUCUGGUCGAUAAUUGCGAAUGUCCUGUUACCUUUACUUAUACAGCAAUGCAUGGAGUUGGGUAUGCAUACAUCGAUAUGGCAUUUCCCAAGCUGAACCUUGAGGAAGUUUUACCUGUGGAACAACAGGUGGAACCCGAUCCAGACUUCCCCACUGUGUCCAAUCCCAACCCCGAGGAGGGCAAAUCAGCACUGAAGCUGAUCAUAGAAACCGCAACUUCAAAUGAAAGUGAUAUCAUCUUGGCAAACGAUCCAGAUGCAGAUCGUCUGGCGGUUGGCGAGCUUGGAGACCAGGGAGACUAUAAGCUAUUUACGGGCAACGAACUGGGAACACUGCUCGGCUGGUGGGCAUUGGAGCUCUACAUGUUAAAUACAGAAAAGCCAGACCUUUCCAAAUGUGUAAUGAUUGCCAGCACGGUCAGCUCAAAGAUGUUGAAAUCUAUGGCGGAUAUUGAGGGAUUCACUUUCCACGAAACCUUAACAGGGUUCAAGUGGAUCGGCAACAAGGUGAUUGAUGAGCGGAAAGCUGGCAAGAAAGUCCUGUUUGCAUUCGAGGAGUCCAUUGGGUACAUGAUGUCCCCCAAUGUCCCUGAUAAGGACGGCAUCAGUGCUGCAGUCCAUAUGGGCACUAUGGCAUGCUAUCUACGCUGCAAGAAGUGCAUGUCCUUGCAGGAGAAACUACGGGAUAUAUACGAAAAAUACGGUUUCCACUCCAGCAUCGUCUCGUAUGCAAUUUGUAACGAUGUGUGCCUUGUUCAAAAAAUCUUCCAUCGACUUCGCAACUUUGGAAAUGGUCAGACGAAUACCUAUCCGAAGAGUAUCUUAUGUGGUGAAUUUGAGAUUGAACAUGUGCGGGAUUUGACCACAGGUUAUGACAGCAGCAAACCCAAAAAGAAGGCCGUAUUUCCACUUAGUGAAAUUACUGAGAUGAUCACGUUUACUUUCAAGAAUGGAUUUGUAAUAACACUUCGCGCUAGUUACACAGAGCCAAAGUUAAAGUACUACGCCGAAAUGUGCGGAAAACCGGAGGAUAAGCGUUGGGAUGAGAUCGAGAAAACAACCCGUCGAAUGGUCGAGGCAGCUGUCAAUGAAUUCUACGAACCAGAGAAGAACUGUCUGCAACUCAAGGCGGAAAACUGAAUUCGAAAAAAAACAAAUUCCGUUUCGUCUAAAUUUUCCAGUUUAUUACAAAAUUUGGCAGUAUUUGUUAAGUAUAAAAUUAUCAUGUUUUUAGAUGUACAUAGUAGCUGAUAUAUUUUGUUAUGUAGCAAAAUGUUUAAGAAAAUCAAUAUAAGUUUAAUAGUAAUGCAUGUAAAACUGAAUUAAAUACAAUAAAUGUAUCAU